ACUUCUCUCAGGUCUUUGUAAAACAGCAUGAGAGAUGAGUGAGCAGGGCGGGUGGACAGGAUGUGUGUGUAAAUGUGUGCAUAAACUGCUUGUGUGUGUAAGAGAGAAUGAGACAGGCAGAGAAAGAGCCGAGAGAAAGGGAGGCGCUACAUUACCCGGCAUACAGCAGCAGGAGCAGGCUGGGCUUAGGGAUCUAUUGUUCCCUGUUUUAUUACUGCAAGAGCUCAUUCGCACUCAUUAAGUAGCCAGGGGAAUAAGAGAAACACAGAGGGAGAGGAGAGCGUGAGGAAACCUCACCCUCGCUUGCUCAGGAUUACUUCUUGGAUGCGGUGGCGUGGACAAAGCAGAAAAUUCACUUGAGUGCCGCUCUCUACCUUGUGGCCAGGCUCACAUUUUCCUCUCGAUUGCAUUGGGAACAGCAGUAUUUGCCGUGCGGUGGCCAUGGGGACGGCCGGCAGAGGUAUCAGGAUCCAAGAGGUCUUGAAAGGAGCCCCACUCCUCUCUCUCUGGACGUUAGCGCUGCUGUUUUUAUCCAUGUGGGAACUGGAUGCACAAACUGCAGUGGAAACUCGACCCAUGUACAUCUGGCGAACAGGUCCAUGGGGUCGUUGUAUGGGAAGUGAAUGUGGUCCUGGAGGCAGCCAGAGUAGAGCGGUAUGGUGUGCUCAUUCUGAAGGUUGGACCACCCUGCAUACCAACUGUGACCAAGCAGAACGACCAGACAACCAGCAGAGCUGCUUCAGGGUGUGUGACUGGCACAAAGAGCUAUAUGACUGGCAGCUGGGUGCCUGGAACCAGUGUGUCCCAGUGAUGCGCAGUGCAAGGGUGCAGCGUCCUACUACGUGCACUCAGGGAGAGGAAGGAAUUCAGACCCGUGAGGUGGGAUGUGUUCAAAAAGCAAAGGGGGAGCCUGCAGAAGAUGCAAUCUGUGAAUACUUUGAGCCCAAACCACGCCUAGAGCAGGCCUGUCUCAUCCCAUGUCCUCAGGACUGUGUGGUGUCUGAGUUUAGCCCAUGGACUCCCUGUUCUAAAACCUGCGGGAUAGGGUUACAGAACCGCAUUCGCUUUGUCCUGGCUCCACCAUUGUUUGGUGGGGCAGCCUGCCCAAAUCUGACUGAAUUUCAGACAUGCCAGCUAGGUCCCUGUCAGGGAGAAGAGAGCCUUUACAGUCUCAGGGUGGGUCCCUGGGGCCCAUGCACUGUUCCACUGCCAAGGCAAACCCGACAGGCAGACAAACCACCAAGAGAGAGUGAAAAACAACCCCGGGAAAGUGAUAAACUUUCUAAUGAGGGAGACAAACUCACCAAAGAGGGUGAAAAACCACCCAGAGGAGAUGGCAAACAGACCAGAGAGGGUGAAAAACAAUUAAAAGAAGGAGACAAACAGCCCAAAGACAGCGAAAAUCCACUUAAAUCCAAAAGAAAACUGGGCAGGGGAAACAGGAAUAGGAAAUCAGACAGGCCAUCGCUACUGGCUGAUCGGCCGAAACGACAGAAAAAAGCGAAAAACAAAGAAAAAAGAGAGAAAUUAAGAGAGAAAGUCCAAGAGAGGUUAAGGGAGAGGGGCAAAGCAAAAGAUGCUGAGACCAGAGAUCUCAUCAAAAAGAAGAGAAACAAGAAUCGUCAGAACCGCCCGGGAGGAAAGUUCUGGGACCUACAAACCGGUUUUCAGACCAGAGAAGUGACCUGUGUGCAUAAGAGCGGGGCUGUCGAAGCUCUCAGCCUAUGCUCUCAGGAGACUUUGCCAGUGACCUUCCAGGCUUGUGUGAUAACCAAAGACUGUGAUGUGACUGAAUGGUCCAAAUGGUCUGCUUGCACCAAGGAGUGCUAUGACCCCACCAGUCCCAAGGCGGUGUGGACUCGCACUAGAAAAGUGACCCAGUUCCCUGUGGGUGGAGGAAUAGAUUGUCCAGAGUUGGAGGAGAAGGAGCCCUGCACCCCCCAGAGUGACAUGGUACCACCCUGCAUUACGUACAGCUGGAAGACCACAGAAUGGACAGAGUGCAAGGUGGACAUGCUACUGAGCCAGCAGGACCGCCGACGUGGAAACCAUACAGGAAUGUGUGGAGGUGGUACUCAGACUCGGGAGGUGUACUGUGUGCAAGCCAGCACUGACACACCAUCAAACCUUAGUCCUCUCAGGAGCAAAGAAGCACUGCGGCCAGUGGACAGUAAGCUUUGUCUGGGUAUUCCUCCAAACACCACCCAACUCUGCCACAUAAGCUGUCCUGUUGAUUGUGAGGUAUCUUCGUGGCGCACGUGGGGACCCUGCACGUAUGAAAAUUGUCAAGACCAGGUAGCCAAGAAAGGCUUUAAAUUGAGGAAGAGGAGAAUCAUCAAUGAACCAACAGGUGGGACAGGAAACUGCCCCCACCUGGUGGAGGCCAUACCAUGUGAAGACCCGAGCUGCUACGACUGGCUGGUGGUUAAACUGGAGGACUGUAUCCCAGAUAAUGAGGAGAAGUGUGGACCAGGAACCCAGAUCCCUCAGGUCCAGUGUGUCAAUAGUGACGGUGAACAUGUGGAUCGACAACUCUGCCAGGAUGCCAUCCUUCCUAUGCCAUUUAUCUGCGAGGUGCCUUGCCCUAAGGACUGUGCCUUGAGCCCCUGGAGCUCCUGGUCUCUCUGCUCCCAUACCUGCUCUGGAAAGAACACAGAGGGCAAACAGACCAGAACUCGUUCCAUCCUCGCCUAUAAUGCAGGAGAAGGUGGAGUCCAGUGUCCAAACAUCAGUGCUCUGCAGGAGGUGAGAAGGUGCAAUGACCAUCCCUGUACUGUCUACCACUGGCAAACUGGUCCAUGGGGACAAUGCAUCGAAGACUCUUUCAUUCCAUCAACCAACACAUCUGUGGGCCGUACUCGUGGAGAUGAUGUCUCCUGUUCUGUGGGGAUGCAAACCCGCAAAGUCAUUUGUGUCCGGGUGAAUGUGGGCCAGGUUCCUCCCAAAAAGUGUCCGGAGAGUGUUCGUCCAGACACUGUCAGGCCAUGUUUGCUGCCAUGCAAGAGAGACUGUAUUGUCACCCCAUACAGUGAUUGGAGCCCCUGUCCAUCAACGUGUCAGACAGGCGGUAACACUAAAAAGAAGCAAUACAGGAAACGGCUCAUCAUCCAGUUGCCAGCUAACGGAGGACAGGACUGCCCUGAGGUACUGACCCAGGAAAGAGAUUGUGAGACUCCCUCUGUCUGUGAGGGAUACAGAUGGAAAACUCAUAAGUGGCGAAGAUGUCAAUUGGUUCCAUGGUCUGUUCGGGAGGGCAGUCCUGGGAAUCAGGAGCUCUGUGGGCUAGGUCUGCAGGUUCGAGCUGUUUCAUGCCGAAAGCAGGAUGGUGGACAAGCAGACAUUGAAGCUUGUCUUAAGUUUGCUAGCUCCAUGCCAUCUCUCACCCAACCCUGUCAGGUGCCCUGCCAGGAAGACUGUCAACUCAGCAGCUGGUCCAAGUUUUCUUCCUGUACAGCAGAUUGUGUGGGUGUCAGAACCCGCAAAAGGAUGCUAGUAGGGAGAAGUAGAAAGCAUGACCAGUGUAAAAACAACCAGCUGUAUCCCCUAAGUGAGACCCAGUACUGCCCAUGUAAUAAAUACAAUGCCCAGCCUGUAGGCAACUGGUCGGACUGUAUCCUAUCCGAGGGUGGUCGCAUGGAGGGUCAGCUUGGCAUGAAGAUACAAGGUGACAUCAAAGAGUGUGGCCAAGGGUACCGCUACCAAGCCAUGGUGUGCUAUGACCAAGACAACAGGAUAGUGGAGACUUCUCGAUGCAACAGCCACGGGUAUAUCGAGGAAGCCUGCAUCAUUCCUUGUCCAUCUGACUGCAAACUAAGUGAGUGGUCCAACUGGUCUCGCUGUAGCAAAUCAUGUGGCAGUGGGGUCAAAGUUCGCUCUAAAUGGCUCCGAGAAAAACCAUACAAUGGUGGCAGACCUUGCCCUAAAUUGGACCAUGUCAACCAGGCUCAAGUCUAUGAGGUGGUGCCUUGCCUCAGUGACUGUGGGCAGUAUGUGUGGGUGGCAGAGCCUUGGAGUGUGUGGAAAGUCAGCAAUGUGGACCUGAAUGACAACUGUGGUGAAGGUGUUCAAACCCGAAACGUCAAGUGCAUGCUGAACACUAUAGACGGGCCCUCUGAACAGGUGGAGGACUAUUUGUGUGACCCAGAGGAAAUGCCUUUGGGGGCCCGCAAGAGCCACCUGCCCUGCCCGGAAGACUGUGUGUUGUCAGACUGGGGAGCUUGGAGCCCAUGUCCACUGGUGUGCGGCUGUGAAGAUGGCUACACUGAAGUGAUGACAUCUGAUGGCUUGCUGGACCAGUGCACUGUCAUUCCAGUGCUAGAGAUCCCCACUGCAGGUGACAACAAGGCUGACGUUAAGACGAUCCGAGGCUUCAACCCCACUCAACCUGCAGCAAGCUCACCAGGCAGGGCAGGACGCACCUGGUUCCUGCAGCCCUUUGGUCCAGAUGGGAAGCUGAAAACCUGGGUGUAUGGAGUAGCAGCAGGAGCAUUUGUGCUGCUUGUCUUUAUAAUCUCCAUGACAUACUUAGCAUGCAAAAAGCCAAAGAAGCCACAGAGACGCCAGAUGAACAACAGACUGAAGCCUUUGACUCUGGCUUACGAUGGAGAUGCAGACAUGUAGAAGUCUUCCUGCUCAACGUACAAACAUUUGUCUUCUUUCAGAACUUACGGCAUUGCCGUGGAAACCCUUUGAUAUCAGCGCCAAUGCUGAGACUCGUUCACAUGCAAAAGAAGAACCUCAAAGAUCAAGACUGACCACAUUCAUUAGCAGCCUAGUUUUCCCCAUCUGUUUUUAAAUGUUCAUUUUGGCAUUUAUUUCACAAGAGCCUUCAUGGAUUCUUUGUUUCCUGCUGAAAGUCCUCCUUUGCUUCUUUGCCAUCUACCACUGCCCAAAAUAUUCAAACAACAGUCACUGAAUAGUGUCUCCGCAGAUCAAAUACUUCUGUGAAAAUCAUUCCCUCAUUUUUUUCACUGCUCAGUGACAUUGCCUUGAUAUCACUUGUUCUGUGUCAAAUGAACAUUCAGAGGCCUGAGUGUCAUUAUGGCUUCGGUGCAUCUCACAAGAAACAAUAUGACGAGGAGACAAAAAGGAGCUUAAUAAAUCCCAGAGACAGCAUCACUUCUGCCUGCCUGUCCCUUCUCCAUUUUUCAGGGAUAAUUUUGCACUAUAUUAGUGCAGCAUGAUAUGUACUUAGGUCUAGGUAUGCCUGUCUCAAUACAGAUGUUGUAGAAAUGUACAGAAGAAGGCUUUUUUGCAAACGAAAACUCACCAAUGUUUGUAAUUAUUUUUCUUCUAUUGCCUCUUUUUACAUGAUUUGAUGGGACUUUGUGUAAAUAGGAUUUUUUUAAUGUGGUCUCAACUUUAUCUUUCUAUUAUGUCUAGCUAAAUGUUCCAAACUCUGCCAGUUAAUCUCUGACAUUUUUUUUACUAAUUGUAACAAACUUUUUAAUUUCAAUUUAAUUUAUAUAGUGCGAAAUCACAACAUCAAGGCGCUUUAUAUUAUAAGAUAAAGACCCUACAAUCAAACCAACCACCUUUGAAAAAGCACUUGUUGACAGUGGGGAGGAAAAACUCCCUUUUAACAGGAAGAAACCUCUGACAGAACAGGCUCAGGGAGGGGCGGCCAAAUUUCAGAACCAGUUGGGGGUUGUGUGAUUUUAUCUUUGUAAAUACGUAACAUACAUCAAAAUCUUCUGUGGAAAAUUCAAACAUCAUGAAAGCCUUUAGAUUAUUACAUGGAAAGAACAAAGAAAAAGUCUAAAAAAACUAAACAUGGAAGAUAAGUUCAUCAUCAAAUUGUUUCUUUCAUCCCCAAGAACUCUCAGUUGAGUCCAUCUAAGAAAUAUUAUAUUUAACACCAAAAUUUUUGACUUUAGCGCUGUUUGUUUGUUUGUUUUUAAUUCAUUAUUGAAAAUAAUGGCUUUACCAGUGGCUACUAAGUUUGGACCACUUGUUAUUUACUUACGAUCAGCUACAAGUGUACAUCUUUAAGCUUGGUUCUGCACCAGUUAUGUGGUGAAUUUGGGAAUCUCUCAGCCUGGCUUCUUUCUGAUAUGUAGCUUAAAAAUAUUAUUUAUCCUCAAAAAUAAUUUAUUGGAAUUUUUUUUCUGUGGUUCUUCUCUUAAAGUCUUCUGUAUACCUUUGAUUUUUGACUCAUUUUGAAUUUGACCUCUGCCAGCCGAUAUUGCCUCUCCAGUGUAAUGUUCAUUGUCCAUCAGUUUAUGGAGUCUUCAGCAAUGUUGAAAACUAAUUGGUCUUUCAGCCCUUGAACUUUCUUUAUCAGAGGAUGAUGUGAGAACCUUUCCAGCUUUUCUAUUGUUUUCAAAGACUUUAGGAAGAAUAAUUGUGUAGGAAUGUUUUAAAGUGAAAAUGGCUGAAGUAAGCUGAAGGUCCAGUCACUCAGAAUGGAUAGUGUUGUAUUUAUUAGUACUGAGACAUUGCCGGAAAAUGGCAGUUUAAUAUUCUGUGAAGUUUGUUGGUAGUAAAUCAGUGGAAUGUUUAAUUUAUAUUUCUUGGAAAAUGAUUUGUAAAUAAAAUUCUUUUUAAAAAAAAAAGAAAAGAAAAGAAACAAACUUGGAAGUGUGAAUGUGGGUGCGCUACAUGAUAAGCUUGUGACAAAUAAGUCAAGUUUUCCUACUGUUUGUUUGUAUGUAUUUGAGUAAUUGCUGAUAAUAAACAAUGGAAAUAUUAUUCUAAUUCUUUUAAUAACAUAUUAAAUCAUGCAAAUUGCAGUACAGGUAUUCACACAAGGUUCAAAUAAGUUGGUCUUUGGUUUCAGGCUUUACCUGACAGUCAUUACAAAUAUAAGUCUGUAGAUAACUGGAAUUAAGUAAUGUAGCACACAGAAUAACUGAAUCAUCACUGUUGACUUUUUUCUUUUUCUUUAUAAUUAUCAAGAGGGGAAAAACCUCACUGUCCCCAACCAGCUUCUCUUCUGGGCAGAUGCCAAAGAUUUCAGAGUCCAUCAGGAGAGACAAUCUCUUAUGUGUGUCCUAGGUCUGUACCUGCUUUCUCCCGCUUGAACAUGCUGGAAACACCUCACCUCAGAGCCGUCCAGGAGGCAUUCUAGUCAGACGCCAUCACCACCACCUAAACUGCUGCUUCCGAUGUGGAGGAGUAGUAGCUCUAUUCUCAAAUCUACUCAAGUUCCUCAACCCAUCUCUAAGGGAGUGGUCAGACUCUUGGGAGGAAGCUCUUAUCUGCUGCUUGAUUUCAUUCCUUGUUUUUUUUUUUUUUAAGAACUAUAGCUUGUGGUCAUAGGUGCUUUACCACAAAAGAUUAUCAGCCCUUUUGUGAUUCUCAGUCACAAAAGGACUCAGUAGGUCUAAGGUUAGGUGACAGUCAGGAGUCCUUAUUAUUUUCCAGGCUGAAGUACUUCACUCUUUAAAGCACUGAGAUUUUUUUAAAGCACUGACAUGUGUUAUCCUGCUGCUGAAUCCUUCUCUACAAAGUUGGAAACCUGAGGUUGGAGCAUGUCGAUGAAGGGUGAAGUCUGAGUACUACCAUGCCCCCACCACAACAAAAGAAAAGCACCAAUUUAAUGUAUUUGACAAAGACUAACAUAAGAGUAACAUAAUUCAAUUCAAAUCAGGCAAAUGGGAACCAUGA